UCAAUUUUUUUUUUUUUUGGUGGUGGUGGUGGUUUAGAGGGGUUUGUAAGUCUCAUUUCACUUCUCCUUUCCCUCACUGGUCAGUGAGCUGCAGGUUCUGGACACCAGUUGGGUAUCCCCAGGUGUCACCAAGAGGAGUGAUCAGGAAACGUUGGCUAAUUAUUAAUCUCUCCUCGCUGGCCUGCCGUUGCUGAAGGCAAUUAUACAUCUCCGAUUCUGCAGCUGUUCAGUGAUCGAACCCGAGACAGUCUCCCAGACCUGAGAUUUUGCUACGAUGAAAUCUGCGUCCGUUGAAGUUACGAUCACCAAUGAAAGCAAAGUGGCCUCACUGACCAGCCCCAGGAUCUUCCUCGACAUCAGUGAGACCACCAAGGAGCCAGAGGACAUCCCACCGGGAGGUGUGGGCGUCAGCUCCUACUCCACCAGCCCAGCCUCCAUCCAGUGCGUUGGGGUGUUGAGUUACCAGCUGGGCUCGAGCCUCGUUGCUGUGAUGUUUGAGACCCCGGUGGCCAUGGGGGAGCUAUGCCCAAACCUCGGCUUGUUCGUCACACAAGACCUCGGCCUCAGAGACAGGCAAGAUAUGUACUCGGUGGUGAAGGGUCCCGACCCUUCCCCAGCCCUCCAGAGAAAGGCCGUCUUCAGGUCCAAUGAAAAUGAGUUGGUCAGAGUCAGCCUGGCCCAAGUCCAGGUCUCGGGCACAAUGACGUACGACACAAACUCUCUGAUCAAGGUUUGGGUCAGAGACGUGUCCUCAGAGUGAGUGUCCACUGGCGUGCGGCCUGUUAAGGCUUGUCUUUGUGGCAGGUCUUCAGGUCUGCACUCUCGACACCCCAAGGCCCAUCUCCUUAUGACUGGCUUUAGAUUGGGGGCAAAUCAAAUUCCAAAAAUCUUCAGUCUUUUUUUAUAUUCCUUAAAUGACUGAGUUUAAGGAUGUUCCACAUUCCUGCACGACCUUUAAAUUGCACACAUACAUGUAAACAUGCACAGAAACACACAGACAGACAGACACACAUUUAUCUUACACCAUGGCCAUGGAAGGACGCACGCUUGUUUAUUUUACCUUCUGAGAACCAAAAUUCCACCUGGUCUUAGCCUGAGAGACCGUUCAGGCUUAAUAUCUAAGGCGAUGAAGACAAUCCUUAACUCGUGUCUUUAUCUGGACGCCAGGUUUCUUUUCGGGAAACUGCGGGUCUGAAUUUCAGUUCAGAUUCAGAUUGAAUCGAAAACUUUCUUACAACUAAUUAGGUCACUCAAUCCGCGACUGUUUGUGGGUCACCGCUGUGGGCAAUCGGCCGCCUCCUUUCACUCACAAAAUACACAGUCAAUUCACUUGACAGUAUAUCCUGCGAAGCGCUUUCAGACGUCUCGACGACGUGUUAAGGCUCUGGUGGUCAAACGCAAGGAUUACUCUAAUGGAUGGAGAGGUACGAGUGUGUCACUACCGUAUGACCACCAGAGGGCAGUGUAACCCGACGUUCCCAUCUCAUCCUUAAGGACAAUAGAUCACGAGAGCCGUUCGGAUGAAGAAAACCCUUCAGCCCUUCGGAUCCCUCCAGCGACGGGUGUCUGUCUGUCUGUCUGUCUGUCUGUCUGUCUGUCUGACCGGCCCGUUUUCCCCAUUUCUGGGUCUUCUCCAAAUUUCACCCUCAAAAACACACAAUCGUUGUAUUUGUACANUUUUUUUAUCAGCGUUUCCUGCGAAAGCGCUUUGAGCCGUCGCGACGACGUGAUAAGGCGCCGUAUCACCUGCAAGGAUUAUUAUUACUAUUAGUAUUAAAUUUGAAUCGAAACGGUCUCGCAGGCUAAGACAAGGUGGAAUUUCCACGACUGUUUGUGGGACACUGCUGUGCGCUAUUGGCUUCUGCAUUUCGCCCACAAAAUGCAUAGUCACUUAUACAUUACAGUGUGUCCUGUGGAGCACUUUGAGACGUCUCGAAGACGUGAUAAGGCGCUGUGUCAGAGGCAAAAGGUAUUAUAAAUAUCCCGCCAGCUUCGCUCUGCGAGUGAUGAUGAAACAAACAAACACGCGAGGUUCGGGUGCCAUUCACAUCGCUUUGAGGUUUUUGCGCUGCAGUGAAAUCUACGCUUUAUUGUGUUACGCUUUGAGUAAAAGCCGAGUCUAACAUACAAUGCAAUAACGUAAUGCAAUCACAUUUAUUGAGCUGACGAAUAAACGGAAAAGAAAUUCUGGUUGAAA